GUUUGUGGGUGUCAACUGACCGUUUCCAGGGAGUGUCUGAAGAAAUGCAGGCGUGUCUAGCCGUUUUAAUGGAGGGUUCCUGACGUCCGCUCCAGGCCAGAUCGUUGCAGCUGCUGAAUGACUGCUCCACCUUCUCAUAGACGGUAAAGAUUAAGAGGAUAACAAGAGGCAUCUGCUUACACAGCGUUAGGAGCUAAUCUCCAGGCCCUAAGAAAACUAAGGGAGAUAUUCCAUAUUCUAUCUAUCCUUCAUCUCUACAGAAUCAGCGCUUCUUCACUCUUCUAUGUCUGGAGACACCAUGACCUGUCCCACACAAUAUAUUGGGUAAAUUUCAAGAGAUUUUAAAGGUCAGUCUGGCAGACUGUUCACACCUUUGCCGCCGAAAAGGAGCUUAGAACCUGAUAAGAGGAGAAUCAUUUAAGGAACCACUCUAGAAAGUUAAGGUGACAUGAGUUCACCCACUGGAUCCGUGCUUAGCACCAGUGCAGAGGACAGUCAGUCAGCUCCUAGUCCUGCCCCGGGACCUGCCCCCAGCCCAGCUUUGCUGUGCAGAGUAUGCGGUGACAGUAGCAGUGGAAAACACUACGGCAUUUUUGCUUGCAACGGUUGCAGUGGUUUCUUCAAGAGAAGCGUACGACGAAAACUUAUUUACAGAUGCCAGGCAGGAACAGGGAUGUGUCCAGUGGAUAAGGCACAUAGGAAUCAGUGCCAGGCUUGCAGGCUGAAGAAAUGUCUACAGACAGGCAUGAAUAAAGACGCUGUCCAGAAUGAGCGCCAGCCUCGCAGCACAGCUCAGAUUCGCUUGGACAGCAUAGAUCUGGACACAGAUAGCCGCUCUGAACACUUAGCUACAACUCGAGAGCCUCCUCCGUCCUGUCCACCAGUCAACAACUUACGGGCCCCUGUACCAAGUGUAAUGUCUGGGACCCUAAGUCCACCCCAUAAUCACCGAUUCAUGGCCAGUUUGAUGACGGCAGAGACAUGCGCCAAACUGGAGCCAGAAGAAGCUGAUGAGAAUAUUGAUGUUACCAGUAAUGAGCCAGAACGCACACCUAGUGACUUUCAAAUGUCUGGUUUCAUCACAUCCAGUCCCGAGGGGGUGUACGAAACCUCUGCUCGUCUCCUCUUUAUGGCAGUGAAAUGGGCCAAGAACCUUCCAGUCUUCUCUAACCUUCCAUUCAGGGACCAGGUGAUUCUCCUAGAGGAAGCAUGGAGUGAGCUAUUCCUGCUGUGUGCCAUCCAGUGGUCUAUGCCACUUGAUAGCUGUCCAUUGCUGUCUGUACCUGACCUUUCUUCCAAUGCCCAUGGAAAAUCUAUCUCCUCCAGUAUGGAUAUUCGAAUCCUUCAAGAAACAAUCAGUCGCUUCAAGUCGCUCAGUGUUGACCCUACAGAAUUUGCCUGCAUGAAGGCAGUGCUCCUCUUUAAGCACGAGACCAGAGGGCUAAAAGACCCUGAACAAGUGGAAAACCUACAAGACCAGUCUCAGAUGAUGUUGGCUCAACAUACAAGAAGUCAUUACCCCACCCAGCCUGUUAGGUUUGGGAAGCUGCUUCUACUUUCCCCAUCUCUUCGGUAUAUUUCCUCUGAGCGCAUUGAGAUUCUUUUUUUCCACCGCACUAUUGGCAAUACUCCUAUGGAAAAACUCCUGUGCGACAUGUUUAAGAACUGACCAUGUGACUGAGACCAUUGAGUUGUGGACCACUAUACCAAGCUGCUAACACAGUAGUGAAAUACAAGGACUCUGUAAAUCAUCUGUUUAACAAGAGCCUGAACUGCGAGAGUCACUGGAACAUGUGCAGAUCAAUGCAAUGGCUUUGGACUUCAAGUACUGCAGCUAUACAUUUUUUACGGGUGGUUUUCAGGUUGCCGGCGGCCGGGCUCUCGGCGACCACCAUAUCGGCGCCGGAAUCCCGACCGCCAGCAUACAGACAUCUUUUCUCCCUCUUGGGGGUCCACGACCCCCCUGGAGGGAAAAUAGAUAGCAAGGCGCGCCACCGUGCCCGCAGUGUGGUGAGUGCAGCGAGCCCGCAAGGGGCUUAUUUGCGCUCGCCCAGCUGUCGGUAUGCCGGCGGUUGGGAUUCCGGUGCUGGUAUGCUGGUCGCUGGAACCCCGACCGCCGGCAAACCAUACUACACCCAUUUUUUACACCCAGACAGAAUAUUUUGGAAAAGUUUGGAAUCUGCAAUAUUAGUCUCUGUUCUGUCUGUGCCACAUUUACAAGGACUAAAGCAUCUUAGGCAUUCUGUGUGAGAGACAUGUCAACUGUAGCCUAAUUAGUACUGUAUUUCCAGGACUAAGUCUGUUUUUCUCCAUAAAUUAAUUUCACCCCUUAUGCUUCUAGGGAAUCUGGUAACAAUAUUACACAAUAUUGUUCUAGUAAUAGGAGUAUAUGUAACAUGUGCAUCACAGCCCACACCCCAUCCAUAUGUGUCUUAUCUUACACACUGGGAAUUGCUGCACGCACGCUCCCAUGAUGUUAGAACAAAUGUUUCAUGUAUCUACACUGUUGUACUGCUUGUAUUAA